GGCAUGGGCGGCCGCGCGCCGCUGGCCGAGCUGGCCCUGUCGGAGGCCCACGCGCGGCUGCGAUACCGGGACACGUCCCUGGCCGUGUGGCAGCAGCAGCAGCGGCAGCUGGAGGCGGGGCCGCCCGGGACCUACCUGAGCCGCAGCCGCAGCAUGUGGUACUCGCAGUACGGCAACGAGGCCAUCCUGGUCAGGGACAGGAGCAAGGGCCACGCGUCCAGGGACACGGGCCAGUCCAGGUUCUGCACCGUGAUGUGACUGCGGGGAGCGGCAGCGAGCCGGCCCGAGGCUCUCGCCCCCACCCAGCGCCGGGGAAGGGGCUGCUGGGGGCGCGCCGGGCACCCAAGCCCUGCUGGUUCUCCACACCACGCUGGUGCCCCCGCGCCAGCCUCCACCUGUGUGGCUGCAGGGUGGAGGCAGGCGAAGCCUCCAGGGUGGCUUCGGGGCCGAGGCCCGCGUGGCCGGGGCACCCAGGCAACCCCAGCCGAGGCCAGCGUAGCCCUGAGCACCCAGGCAACCCCAGCCGAGGCCAGCGUCGCCCGGGGCACCCAGGCAGUCACAGCCAAGUGCCCAAGGCCGCCCCCGGGCACGGUCUUGAUCUGCAGUGUCACCGGGCAGGCUUUGUCGCCUCACAGCUGUGAAGAUGGAUUGUCUCUCACCUGGGUUCCCUUUCCCAAAUAAACGCCCUCUG